AUGGGACACUACACCCUCGCCCUCGCUUUUGUCCGCCGCCCACGUCUUCUCUCGUCGCUGUCGCUUGCCCCCGACACCCACUCCUUCCCCCGUCGCUCACUCUCUUUCCGCCGUCACCCUCGCUUUCCCCCGCCGCCCUCUCCUUCUCCCGUCGUUCUCGUUUGCCCCCGUCAUCCACUCUUUCCCCCGUCGCACUCGCUUUCCCCCGUCGCCUUUGGCUUUCCCCCGUCGUCCUUGCUUCCCCCGUCGCCCUCGCUUUCCCCCGUCGUCAUUGCUUUCCCCCGUCUCUCUCGCUCUCCCCCGCCGCCCACUCCUUUCCCCGUCUCUCUCGCUUUCCCCCGCCGCCCACUCCUUCUCUCGUCGUUCUCGUUUGCCCCCGUCACCCACUCUUUCCCCCGUCGCACACGCUUUCCCCCGUCGCACUCGCUUUCCCCCGUCGUCAUUGAUUUCCCUCGUCUCUCUCACUCUCCCCCGCCGCCCACUCCUUUCCCCGUCCUCUCGCUUUCCCCCGCCGCCCACUCCUUCUCCCGUCGUUCUCGUUUGCCCCCGCCACCCACUCUUUCCCCCGUCGCACUCGCUUUCCCCCGUCGCCUUUGGCUUUCCCCCGUCGUCCUUGCUUCCCCCGUCGCCCUCGCUUUCCUCCGUCGUCAUUGCUUUCCCCCGUCUCUUUCGCUUUCCCCCGCCGCCCACUCCUUCUCUCGUCGUUCUCGUUUGCCCCCGUCACCCACUCUUUCCCCCGUCGCACACGCUUUCCCCCGUCGCACUCGCUUUCCCCCGUCGUCAUUGAUUUCCCUCGUCUCUCUCACUGUCCCCCGCCGCCCACUCCUUUCCCCGUCCUCUCGCUUUCCCCCGCCGCCCACUCCUUCUCCCGUCGUUCUCGUUUGCCCCCGCCACCCACUCUUUCCCCCGUCGCACUCGCUUUCCCCCGUCGCCUUUGGCUUUCCCCCGUCGUCCUUGCUUCCCCCGUCGCCCUCGCUUUCCCCCGUCGUCAUUGCUUUCCCCCGUCUCUCUCGCUUUCCCCCGCCGCCCACUCCUUUCCCCGUCUCUCUCGCUUUCCCCCGCCGCCCUCUCCUUCUCCCGUCGUUCUCGUUUGCCCCCGUCACCCACUCUUUCCCCCGUCGCACUCGCUUUCCCCCGUCGCCUCUGGCUUUCCCCCGUCGUCCUUGCUUCCCCCGUCGCCCUCGCUUUCCCCCGUCGUCAUUGCCUUCCCCCGUCUCUCUCGCUCUCCCCCGCCGCCCACUCCUUUCCCCGUCUCUCUCACUUUCCCCUGCCGCCCACUCCUUCUCUCAUCGUUCUCGUUUGCCCCCGUCACCCACCCUUUCCCCCGUCGCACUCGCUUUCCCCCGUCGCCUCUGGCUUUCCCCCGUCGUCCUUGCUUCCCCCGUCGCCCUCGCUUUCCCCCGUCGUCAUUGCUUUCCCCCGUCUCUCUCGCUCUCCCCCGCUGCCCACUCCUUUCCCCGUCUCUCUCACUUUCCCCCGCCGCCCACUCCUUCUCUCAUCGUUCUCGUUUGCCCCCGUCACCCACCCUGUCCCCCGUCGCACUCGCUUUCCCCCGUCGCCUCUGGCUUUCCCCCGUCGUCCUUGCUUCCCCCGUCGCCCUCGCUUUCCCCCGUCGUCAUUGCUUUCCCCCGUCUCUCUUGCUCUCCCCCGCCGCCCACUCCUUUCCCCGUCUCUCUCACUUUCCCCCGCCGCCCACUCCUUCUCUCAUCGUUCUCGUUUGCCCCCGUCACCCACCCUUUCCCCCGUCGCACUCGCUUUCCCCCGUCGCCUCUGGCUUUCCCCCGUCGUCCUUGCUUCCCCCGUCGCCCUCGCUUUCCCCCGUCGUCAUUGCUUUCCCCCAUCUCUCUCACUCUCCCCCGCCGCCCACUCCUUUCCCCGUCCCUCUCGCUUUCCCCCGCCGCCCACUCCUUCUCCCGUCGUUCUCGUUUGCCCCCGUCACCCACUCUUUCCCCCGUCGCACUCGCUUUCCCCCGUCGCCUCUGA